GAUGACCAGAGACUGCAGACACUGUACAGGAGAUGACCAGAGACUGCAGACAGUACAGGAGAUGACCAGAGACUGCAGACAGUACAGGAGAUGACCAGAAACUGCGGACACAGUACAGGAGAUGACCAGAGACUGCGGACACAGUACAGGAGAUGACCAGAGACUGCGGACACAGUACAGGAGAUGACCAGAGACUGCGGACACAGUACAGGAGAUGGCCAGAGACUGCGGACACAGUACAGGAGAUGACCAGAGACUGCGGACACAGUACAGGAGAUGACCAGAGACUGCGGACACAGUACAGGAGAUGACCAGAGACUGCGGACACAGUACAGGAGAUGGCCAGAG